CAAACGUGUACGUUUGACACUAACAACAAAACUGUCAUAAGGAUAAAACUUGCGGAAUUUUAUGUUUUUUUUUUUGGUAUAGAAUGUUUCUACCACAGUUAAGCUAAACAAUGUAUACGGAACAGUCUCGCAGUUUGGCGCAGAUCAAGCGAUUCCAAACCGAUGAAGAAGGACGGACAACUGCUACUUCUACUGAACAGAUAAAGACCGAAGCGUCAAUUGAACGGUUCUACAGCAGAUACGAACAGCUAGCUGCAAUGGAUCCAACAUUGCCCAGGCUGUUACGAACCGAGCACGCUCGUUACCUGGAAAUUUCAUUGGAACGGUUAUCCACUGGAUACGAGUGUUUGGAUAGCAGUCGUCCUUGGUUGGUCUAUUGGAUUUUGAAUGCGGCCAGUGUGAUGGGAGUGAAGUUUACCGAUAGUUUACUAAACCGUGUUGUGGACUUUUUGAUAAAGUGCCGUGACCAAAACGGUGGAUUUGCUGGUGGGCCUGGGCAGGAUCCCCAUCUUGCCCCAACAUACGCAGCUGUGAAUGCUUUGUGUAUCAUAGGUACAGACAAAGCGCUGAAUGCGAUCAACCGAAGGACAUUGAAAAAGUUUCUGGCGGCGGUACGGGAACCAAACGGCGCAUUUCGGAUGCACGUCGGUGGUGAAUUGGACGUUCGUGGAGCGUAUUGCGCGAUAGCGUCGGCCAAACUAGCGGCACUGUCUGUAGAAGACGAGGCAACGCUUUUCGAGGGAACGGCAGACUGGAUAACACAAUGUCAAACCUAUGAAGGUGGGUUCGGUGGAACACCAGAUCUAGAAGCACAUGGAGGUUAUUCAUUCUGUGCUGCUGCAGCCCUCGUCAUUUUGGGUGGUGAGGAAAAAUGUGAUCUGAAUGCUCUGCUUCGCUGGGCUGUCAAUCGUCAAAUGGCAUUCGAGGGUGGGUUCCAGGGAAGAACCAACAAGUUGGUUGAUGGAUGUUAUUCAUUUUGGCAAGGCGCAUUGAUUCCGGUAAUUCAGAGUUUGAUUGCUCGCAAAGAAGGCCGACCGGAUGUAAUGCAAAAUGCGUUGUUUCAUCGCAUUGCGCUGCAAGAGUAUGUGUUCAUUUGUUGUCAGAAACCUAGCGGUGGCCUCAUCGACAAACCUGGAAAGCCAGCAGAUUUAUACCAUACAUGCUAUACUCUAAGCGGUCUGGCAGUAGCACAACAUUGUGAAACUUCUAUGCCUGCUGUAGUAGUAGGCCAUCCGGAUAAUGAGUUACUACCCACGCAUCCUGUACAUAAUAUACCGCCUAAGGCAGUAAUCGAUGCUUAUAAAUACUUUCUGAAGCAUAAAUUGUUAGAAGCCGAAAAUCAAUCAAACGGACAUUACAAUGGAUGCGAAGAUGUCGAGAUGAAAGAAAAUGUGGAAGAAUCGAAUAUUUCGAGACAAUCUAGUACCAGCGACCAAUCAGAAGUCACUGAGAUGGAGUCGAUACCAGAUAGCUCUGCUGGGGCUGACUUGGAAGAAGAUAAAGAUUCUGAGCAGAACGAUCAUACUACUAGUCUCUCUUCGAGCGUUUGCAGCAGUAACAGAACUUCGGAGGAGAGAUCUCAGUCCUAAGUGUCGAUGAACCAUGAUUCAAACUAUAAAUCCUGCCUUCAGAUAAACUAAUCAGGUUCUAAAGGAACAGAUAAUACAAAACAACCUGCAUAGAUUACAUCGGCAGUUUUGGAUUGAAAUUAUCAACUCGCCCAAUUAGUCCAGUAUAGCUUUAAAUUCGUUUUACAUCAACCCAUUUUGUAAAAUAAUAUAAAUAUUAAAUAGAUUAUUUUUCAUUAAAAUGUAUUGUCGUAGUGGUUUUGACA